AAUUCCCACCCAAGAUAAAGACCCAGGAGCGAAGUUUCUUCAUUCAGAAGCCUCCAUCCAUAUAUCUUUAAAAAUGCAGUAUAAAGCCACCACCACUAGCACCAAGCUCCCUGAGAAAAUGGCUGCAAUUGCUGCUCCAGUUGCAAUAGGCACACGAGGCACCGUAGGAUCGCUUGUCAGAAAGGAAAUUGAGUAUUUCAGCAAGGUUGAAAUAGACCAAUGUGGAAGCUCCCGAAAGCCUCAGGGACAAAUUGUGGACAUGGCUUCCACCAGUGGUCACUCCAAGCCUGGUCUUUGGUUCUUGAUAAUGACAUGGAGAAGGAAGAAGAGGAGAAACAGUAGCGGGAUCCUGCCAAGCAUGUGUUCUGUUGUUGAAGUUUCGGAAAGCAAUCGUCUAAACAGAAUCCCCGGUUACAAUUACAGAAUCCUUAAGAAUGACUUCAACAUCUAGUUGAUGCUUUGUGAGCUCUUUGAGCCAGUUUGUUCUAAGUCUGCGCAAUGCCUUAUGCCAGUGUUUCAAGUCCAGAACUUCUACGAUUGUUGAUUUCUCUUGUCAGGUUCCUACAUUAGGUGCAAGUAUUUUUUGGAAUAAUGUUUUCGGAGUGAGCACAAGGAUCUAUUAUGCAGCUUUUUGAAGGUCAUGCUGUUUCUAAAGCUUCACAACUGAUGGCUCAUCUGAUAUGUUAAAAAUUUUGAUGUCAUAGAAUCAAAUUCUUGUAGUAGUGGUACAGAACUUUGGAAAUCCUUUUUCUUGGAGAUCAUGGUGUACAUUGAAGCUCAUGAAUUACAUACAAAAAUCAUGGUAGGGAAAGCUUGCCACUCUCAAUAGCCUCAAGUGUCCCUGCU